GACUGGGGCUUGCUGGUUCUUCAGUCUUAAGCGAGUGGCAUGGCUCCCGUGAAGUGCUGUGUGCCCGGUGAAAGGCUAUGUAGUCUUGAGGAUUGUGCUCCUGGCUAUGGAACGUACUGCAAACACGGCUAUGUAUUCUCUUCCCUCUGCGGAUACGUGGUCAAAAAAAACGACAAUGGCUUGAUGCCGGUUAUUUCUGUGGUGCGAGACACUGACUCUCACCUCCUGCCAGAUGUGGGCUGCAUUGUCACCUGCAAGGUUAUGAGCAUAAAUUCAAGGUUUGUUAAAGUCCAGAUCAUGUAUAUUGGGUCAACACCAUUGAAAAAUACCUUUAGAGGCAUUAUAAGGAGAGAGGACAUAAGAGCAACAGAAAAAGACAAGGUGGAGGUAUACAAAAGUUUUCGGCCAGGAGACAUUAUUAUGGCUAAAGUCAUAUCUCUAGGAGAUGCCCAGUCCAACUAUCUUUUAACUACAGCAGAGAAUGAGCUAGGAGUGGUGGUCGCUCACAGUGAAGCAGGCGCGAGCAUGGUGCCAAUCAGCUGGUGUGAGAUGCAGUGCCCAAAGACCCACAUUAAAGAGCCACGGAAAGUGGCAAGAGUGCAGCCCGAGUUUCUUCAGACAUAAUGUGAGCUGCGUCCGUGCCAUCGAGGAGCAGUGCUUUGACCCAGGGGUCAUUCGAGUGUUCGGCAGCCACUGUGUGGCUUCUCUUUCCAAGUCUUGCUUACAUUUUUAAACCUUUUUCAGAUGAUGUCGCCAAUCCUACCAUUUUUUUUU